AUGGGCAAAUACGUGUGGGAAAUUGCAAAUAAAGAGGAUACACUUUGGUUGAGAUGGGUUAAUAGUGUUUAUCUCCAUAAUGAGGACUGGUGGGCCUACAAAUUACCAAGCCAAAGUAGUUGGUAUUGGAAGAGUUUGGUGAGGCUCAACGAUCAGAUGAAAGAAGCUUCGAGCAAGGUUGUAUUGCAGCAGAAAUACAUGGUUGCUCAGGGCUAUAAUAUGUUCAAACCAGCAGGGGAAAAAGUGCAUUGGCCUAAGCAAGUUUGGAGCAGGUUGAACUCACCCAAACAUAGCUUUGUGCUAUGGCUUGCUAUGCAUCAGAGAUUGAAAACCAGAGAUAGACUCUUCAAGAUGAAAAUCAUGGAAGACCAGGUUUGUUUACUCUACUAUACACAUCAGGAGACUGCUGAACAUUUAUUUUUUGGCUGUAUUGAAACCAGCAGGAGCUUGCGAGAAUUGAAAACUUGGCUGCAUUGGAAAACUUCUCACACUUCUCUCUUUAAUCUCAUUAAAUGGAUUGGGAGAGCUAAGUUGAGCAAGUUUAAGAAAAUGACAUUAGCUGCCUCUUUAGCCAGCUUGACAUACAACAUAUGGAGAUUGAGAAAUAGGUGCUUUUGGGAGAAAGAAAAACCAGAAACUGGUUUGUUGAUCAAAGAGCUCAAGUCUGAAGUAACACAUCAGAUUCAUUUGUUUUGGCCAAAGAAAAUUUUAGAGGAAGAUAAGCAAUGGUUUUUGACUUUGUGA